GAGGGAGGGGGGAGGGGGAGGAGCGACGCAGCGGCUCAGUCUCAGUCAACAUCGAUAACUAACGAUGAACGUUCUUCAUCUCUGCGGACGGCUGGUCAAUGUUAAGCUCGGUGGUCAGGAAGUCUGAGGUGACACAAGGGAUCAUGGGAGAUGCAGGUCCCCUGCAGACCGAGGGAAAUGCCCUCCUCAAAGCCGUCUUCCAGGGAAAGCUGAGGCUAACCCGCCUGCUGCUCGAAGGUGGUGCCUACAUAAAUGAGGGCAACGAGCGUGGAGAGACCCCCAUCUCUGCCGCCUGCUUGGGGAGCUACGACGACCCGCAGACCCAGCAGAGAAUGCUGCGUUACCUUCUGGAGAAAGGUGCGGACCCAAACAUCCCAGAUAAGAGUGGAAGGACAGCGCUGAUGCAUGCGUGUGCAGAGAAGGCGGGGAAGGAAGUGGUGACAUUGCUGCUGGAGAACGGAGCUGAUCCCAGCCUCAAAGAUUACUCUGGAUCCUCCGCCCUGGUCCAUGCUAUUAACAAAGGCGACCACGACACCCUGCAGGUCCUGCUUGAUGCCUGCAAGGCCAAAGGCAAGGAAGUUAUUAUUAUCACCACUGACACGUCUCCGUCAGGAACCAAGAAGAUAAAACAGUACCUCAACUCUCCCCCCUCCCCAGCUAUCGUGGAUAAGUUGUCUCCGGACUGUAUGUCUCCCUCGGAGGUGGAGAUCGCUACCUCCUCACCAGGAAGAGAUAAGAGCGACGAAGGAAUCUUCAGCUUUGCCCUGACCUCAGCUUUACCUUUACCUUCAGCUCGAGCUCCAGGUGAGAAGAGGCCACCACCUCGCAAACUGCUGAAGAGGCUGAACUCGGAGCCCUGGGGCCUGGUGGCGCCCUCUGUGCUGAGCAGCGUUUCUCCGGACCGGGUAGACAGAGAUCUGGAGGAGGAGAGUUGCUGUGAUCUCAGCAGGACAGUUGCUGAUAUUAACGGCCUUUCUAUCACAGAGCCGGUCAGACCUCUGCUGUCACGACGACACAGCAUUGAAACCCAUGACCCCUGCUCCCCCAAACUCAUCGACCGGUCCUGCUCAGAGGACUGCCCCACCCUCUCUGGCUCUUGGGCUGACAAAGUUCAACAACACCAGAUCUUGUAUCGUAGGAACACAGCCCCGGAGUCACAGGAAAAUGCUGGAGGACCGGUGGCAGUUCCAGCUCGGGUGCUGGCUUAUCCGAAACUGACCCGGAUGGAGCACUAUGAGUCAGACACUCACCUCUGUCCAGAGUCCAUCCCUGGAUCUCCAGACUCGGGUCGGGUGUCUGUGGAGCGGAGAAGGUACAAUGCCUCCCCCUUGUCCCUGUUCACCAGUUCCCCCAGGGAGUCUCUGGAGAACAUCCCCAACUCUGUGUCCCCCAUUACCGUGCGCCGCCGUCCCCCAGGAAUCCUGGAGCGAAGGGGCUCUGGAACUCUCCUUCUGGACCACAUCUCCCACACCAGACCUGGCUUCCUGCCUCCACUCAACAUCAACCCUCAGAGACCCAUCCCUGAUAUCCGUUCAAAUGGCAAGCCCCCCUCCCCGGUUCACUCUGCACACAAGAUCCUGGUCCCAGUGGCCCCGGCUUCGCCCAAAAGGGGGCAAGACUUCAAGAUGAAGAAGAAACUCACGAGAAGACACUCAAUGCAGACGGAGCAGAUGAAGCAGCUCUCCACCUUCCAGGAGAUUCUGGCUGAGAAGGUCAUUGAGUCCAAUGGAGAUUGAUGACAGGAGGCUUCAGAGCAAGGCAUGAUGGGUAGCUGCAGAGAUGUAACCAUGCAUCUGAUGAACAUUUAAAACCACAUCUUUUUAUCUGUGGAGAGCUGCACCUACGAGGAUUUCUUAGAACUGAAGAGUUCCGACUCAGUUCAUUUAAACCGGAUUUAAAUCUGAAACUAGAAUCUGAUCCUGAGUCAACAUCAGUUUAAUUUAAAGUUGUAACAAACAGAACGUCCUGAAAAUUCUGACGAUGUUUGACGAUGAAAACUUCAUAUAGUGAAUCUCAGAGGUGACACCUGUUUGAACAGCUUCAGGUUUGUUACCCAUUCACAUAUGAAUCUAAGAUAUUUUUACGUCACCACUGAACUGUUGAUGAAUCCAGAGUCCGGACUUAAGAUGAGCAGGUCUCUUCUGUUCAGGUCCCAGUCGCUCAAGUUAACUCUGAGCUGAACCGAUCACAAACUCUCAACAAUAGAACAUUUCCUUCAGUCGUGUAUAAAAAAUAUUUAUUUCACAGAGAAAAGCUUUAAUGUCUCCUGUUCCAUGAUUUAAACUUGACGAUCAGAUGUGGUUGAGAUGAAUUUACUUUGAAACUGAGGACUGUGAAGGCAGCACCACCUGCUGGACAGAUACAAACAAAGGAGAAAAUAUAAAGUCAAUGAAAUUCACAUUUGGUCAUUAAAGUUAAAUGUCACAUUUUUAAAGACAGGUCAGAAAUGAAUGGAAUUAUUUGGUUUCAUAAAAUCUUGCUUCACAGAAAGGAAACAUGAAACUGUGGAGUUCAGGUUCCAUCGAAGUUUUCUGGGUUCAAAUGUCUUCAGGUUCCUGAAGCUUCCUCUUUGAUCUACUUCAGUUAAAAACUGAUGAAUGUGAAAAUGCUCAGACUUGAUGUUUACAGAUGCACUAAUUUGCACCAAGGUUGUGUCCAUGUUCCAGCUGAAGAAGAAAACAUGAUGUUGACGGUCGGAGGCUCUGAAAACUAAAAAUAACGUAAUACAUUUUGUUUUCAUUCAUUCAUAAUGAAUCGACUUUGCUGUUCAUACAGUAACUUUUCACUGUUUCAGUGUAAAUGAAUCUUUAUUUCACAGAGAAAACGUCGCAACACACAAAUCUUAAAGUCGAACUUCCAAAGACGUUGUGUUGUCUGUAAAUACUGGAAUGACUCCUGGUCCACAACAGUUACAGGUCAACGGUCAAAGGACCGAGUCCAGUUCAGACUGAUCCAGGAUAAAAACAUUUCACAAACUGAAACUAAAGAAAGUUUCAUGAAUGAUGAAAACGAGAAAAAUAAACAGUAAGAAGCCUGUGACGUCGUCGUGACGACCAGGCAAUGAAUCAAACAGGCACACAUCGUCAUUAACAAACUGCAGCUGAUGAUCAAAUCAAACACACCCCGAGUUCAGCUGCUCCAUCAAUUCCCACUCAUCACUGGGGUUGCCAUGGUUUCUGAAUCUUCCCUGUGACGGGAAAGAUUGGAUCAAUUGAAAAACUUCAGGAAGUGAAAUUGUAGUUUUUCUCCUGGUUCUUUUACAGGACACUUUCCUCAGCUGAUUCGCUGGAGUUGAUGUUGAUCUGGAUUCCAAAACUGUUUUUCCAUCUGACAUGAUGUGAACAGUGGAUCCAGGACUAACUCUGAACCUGAUCUUCAUCUGAAACCUCGGACACAUUCGCAUAAAUGUUCCUUUGAUUUGUAUGUGAAUAGAAAGAUCAAAGGCUCCAGGAACCAUGAGUACUGAACUCUAAGAGCUUUGUGUCUUUGAACAGAAAGAUUUUAAACUUUCAGGACAGAGUGUUCAUCCUUAUCUGGUUCAGACUGGUUGAAUCUGGUUCAGACUGAUUGAUUCUGGUUCUGACUGGUUGGAUCUGGUUCAGUCUGGAUCUGGUUCUGACUGGUUGAAUCUGGUUCAGUCUGGAUCUGGUUCUGACUGGUUGGAUCUAGUUCAGACCUGCAUCCGAACCGUGCUGUUGUUGAUGCUUGAAGUUUAAACUAAAAGUAUUUUUAUAAUCCCAUCAUCUGACAGAAACGUCUCUAUUGAAUCUGUGUGAAUCUAUUUUUCUUCUUUCACUUUGGUUGUGAAACAAACUGUGGAAUAAAAACUUGUUUCAUCUUCUGUUGUAACAACUUUCACAGCCUCAUGAUUAUAUAUAUCAAUAUAUCCUGGUCUCACCCGGUCCUCAGAUCGAAGUGGACUGAUGGAAAACCAGCAGGGACGACACUUCUCUUAUUUAAUAUGAUCAUUUAGUCUGAAACUAAGUUCAACACGGAGUCGUUACUUAACCAGGUAACCAGCCAGUUACCCAACUAGUCAGUCAGUUAAAUUUGAGGAUCCACCACAUUGCUUUUUUUUUAAAGAAGAAACAGACAAAUGUCAGUCAGAUGAUAUUAUUGAUCAGAUGUUAUUGAUCAGAAAAAUUUAAAUGACUGACAGUGAUAUGCAGGUCACAAAGAU